GCUCGGUAAACAUGACAAGACUGCACUCUGUAAUUCACAAAUUACCGAAUUGGAAACAACUAAGAGUUGUAUUAAAAUUGAUGUCAAUUAUGGGUGACCCUGUGGCAAGUUUUCCGGAAAUAAUUGAACUGAACAAAUUGCGGAGAUGGUACGAAGUACGGAUAAAUGAAAACAGACAUAUGACGUUGAAAAUGAAACAAAAUCUGAUGGUUCAGUCGAUAAACGCGUGGAGUGCACCACGGAUCAAACUGACGUCCGUUAACGUACCACAGAACCCAAUGCCAGGUGAGGGAAAAAUUGGUGCGAUGAAAAUAACUUGGAAUCGAGUGAACGAAAUGAAACGCAAAAUCAAGAAGACUAAAUCUGAGUAUAUCGACAAACUCAAACGUGUGGCGAUCAACAACGCGAGAACAAUGUACCAGACUAUGUAUAAUGACUAUUACAACAGCCAUUUGAGCAGAAACUUUAAACAGUCGUAUUAUGAUUAUUUCCCGGCAAAAGAAGAUGAUUGCUUGUUCGAGUAUGUCGCUGAUAGAAAGAACAACAAAUAAUAACACCGUGGCCGUGAUCGAUGUUUUUUUAAAUAUGCCUACAUAAUCAUGAUAUAAUAUUAUAUGCAAAAGUUUAAUUCAAGAAAUCAUAGAGUUGCGAAAGGCUUAAUUUUAUUUGAACCUGUGCUAUCCAUAAAACGUAUACACAAUACAUAUAAGUACAUAAGCCAGAUGCGAAUAGGUCAGUUGGAAAAUCGGGAAUCUUUCCGAUGAGCCGGUCCUUGUGUAGGCCAAAUUAUAAUUAUAUGAUAACAAAAAAAAAGUGAUUGAAUACAUAUA